AUGUUCACAUUGCUGAUACUUGCUGCAGCAACUGGCGUGGGCCUCCCACUGGUGAUUUCCACACGGCCCAUCUCCGGCAUUAUUGGGAUGUCAGGACUCAUAGGAGCAGUCUUGCUGAGGCUCUGUGGUAUUACCACGCCAAUGAAAUGUAUCGACGAUGUGGGCGAGGCUUGGUAUGAUGGUGGACACGGUGUCUAUGAACCUUUACUGCCGAAACAAGUGCCAUUCGAACAGGUGCGCACGUUGGAACCUUCAUAUAUGGCACUGCUUGCAAGCAACGUCAUAUUCGGGCAGUAUAAAAACAAGAAGGUCCCACAGCCAGUGCCAGAGCAACCACUACCUGCAGAGCAACUGCCGGAACCUAUAGCUCCUAUAUCGUAG